AUGGCGCCCACCCCCAGCGUCGUUCAUCUACCCAAUGGGCAGAAUCUAACCGUGACAGCUGUCUUUGGUGGCUACUUCUUCAAGUCCAAUGAGCUCAAUCUUCACACAAACGUCUUCCCAGCAGGCUGGACUGUCAUCAUCCAAUCCGAAGACUACGCAGAUGAUCACAAUGUGGAGGAAUCGGCACAGGUCGAGCUCGCUGGCAUGCCAAAGGAGAAGAAACGGCAUAUACAUCCCUUCAAGCGACCUACUUUGAAGAACGACAACCUUUUCAUAUCGUCAAUAUCGAAUCCUUCUAGCAAUGACUUUAAGGCUCCUACGAGUCCUACCCGACAAAUUGCCAUGAUGCUCUGGGCUUCAUUAUACUGGUACUUUCACUUGCAACAACCAUCUCCCUACAUCGUAACCGAGGCUUCUAAGAACACACCAGACUCAGGAAAGCCGAGAGGGGAAUGGCGCAUCAACAUUAAGAGGGAAGGGGUUUUCCGAGGCCGAAAUUUGAUACAGAAGCUGGAAAGGAUGGGAUUGAUCACAUCGGAAGAUUCGAGUGUCGGUGUUCACCCAGACGAGAAUACUGCGGAAGGUUGGUCAGAGAUGUUCAUUUCGCAAAGGACUUUCUGGCAGCUGUCAGCAAAAUUAUUCCUGUUCACUCUGACACCAACGACUGGAUCGACACUCAUGGGCUCUCCAUACACCAGCCGACCAAGUUCUCCAGUGCGGGGUGGUGAUAGAAAUUCCUCUCCAGGUCAAAAGGAAGUUGGAAAUUCGGAUUCUGGAUUGUGGUCACCAUCAACGUCGGGGCCAUUUUCGUCUGGAAGUCAUCUGCCGACUUAUUUCCCACCUCCGCCACUUCAGUAUGCCAUUACCAAUGGAAUUCGCCAUCCAAUGCGUCCAAAGCCAGCUAGACAAGGCGAAAUUUUCUACACCAGAUAUAUUCCUAGCGUUGGGCAAUAUCUGGCUUUUCGAACUGCUUCUCUGUCUGCGCGACCUGUUGCCUAUAAUGGACCAACAACAUUGCUAUCUAUUCCAAAACACCAGACAGCCACAUCUAUCUCUUCACUUCCUACCCAUCUCUCCAUUUCAUCUGUUGCAGAUCUAACAACACCACCUUCGGAGACGAAUGAUACUACUCUGAUGACGGAUCUCCAGCUGCUGAACAAGUGGAUGAAUGUUCCUCGAGUUUCGAAGUUUUGGGGGUGUUCAGGUCCGCAAGAGACUCAAGAGGCGUUCCUCAGAGGCAACUUGAAGUCCAAUCACUCUUUUCCGGUAAUUGGUCUAUGGGAUGGAAAGCCGUUUGGAUAUUUUGAAUUAUAUUGGGUCAAGGAGGAUAUUCUAGGAAAGCAUCUGGGUGAUCGUGCUGAUGAUUAUGACCGUGGUGUCCACGUGCUGGUUGGAGAAGAGGAAUUCAGAGGGAAGCAUCGGGUGAAUGCUUGGAUCACAUCCCUUGCGCACUGGGCAUUUAUUCAGGAUUACAGAACCAAUGCUGUCGUUCUGGAGCCAAGAGUAGAUAACGAAAGGUUCAUUUCUCAUCUCAACGAUUCGGGUUUCCUGAAAGAAGGGGAGGUCACAUUCCCUCACAAACAGAGUGCUUUCGUGAAGUUACGAAGAGAAAACUUCGAAGCUCCAGCAAUAUGA